GCAAUUACAGUCAACUCGAUGGGGGUUGUUGGCCAAACAUCCCAAUGCUGUAAAAUUACACUCCAAGUAACUGAGUGAGGCUUUCCUGGGUAAUCAAGCAUACAAAUAUAUAUAAAUGUCCUUUUACUAUAUAAAUACGCAUGGUUAGAUAAUGUGUUUCGCGUGCUUAGCGUUAUUACCCAUCAUUAAGAACUUGAGAUUCCUGAAUAUAUUUUUUUUACAAAGGGUGAGCACUUUGACGUGAAGUGCACGUAGUUUCCCUCGUUCUGCACGGUAGUAGGAGUAGAUGAUGCCUUCCAAAGAACAAUGGCGCACAAAGCGAACCCGCUCGGCAUCAUGGAGCGCAUAGUCACCCAACCCACAAUGCACAGCACAAGGUUUUCUGAGGCCGAGGAGUUCGCGGCAGCGCACAACGCCGUCGUGCAGCUUUGCCUGCAGCUCUCCAAGGUCACACGCCAGGUCAGCGCUUCCAAAACGCCCGGCGGCCAGCAACAAACGGCACCAUUGAAGAACUGCACGAUUGAAGAAAUCGAAGAGAAGAUUUUACACGUGGGCUCCAGGCUGCAGCAGGUUUGCGAGAAGACGAUCCUGCAGUCGACACACCGCGACCUGCAGAGGGGAGCCCGGCUCGUGGCCGCCAGGCUGGACGUGCGAAGCCCCGAGGAGGGCCUGGGCCUCUACCUGAAAACAACCCCGGAAGGCAUGCACGUGGUCACGGGGGUGGUGGAGAAUUCCCCAGCUGACCUCUCCGGCAACAUUCACGACGGCGAUGAAUUAAUCGCGGUCGACCGGCAGACGGUGGUCGGCUGGGAGAUGCAGAACGUGGUGAGGGUCUUGAAGCAGGACCCGAGUGGCGUAGAGGUCACCCUCAAGACUCAUCCCCCCUUCGCCGGCGAGCCGCAACCGCCGCAGCCGCCACAACCGCCGCAACCGGCAACCGCCACCGCCGAUCAACAGCACGCGACCUCCGACUCGGCCGCCCCCGCCGCCGUGACCUCCGACCCGGCGGCGUGUCCACACAAGGGCCAGAGGAUCAGAAGACAAAAGCCUUUGGAUCGCAAUGCCAAGGUGAAGGUCGUGGUCGAUCCCGCUCACCACGCGCAGCCCGAGGGGGGGGGCGGAGGGGGGCGGGACGGUGACGACACACCCGUGGACGCUCUCCCGCUGCCGCUGCCGUGUCUCCCUCCGUGCUCGAGCAAUGGCGCUGACGGAGACCCACGGGCGGGGACGGCGGUGCGGGACGGCGACGCGGCAGUGACCGCCGUCGCCGCCACCGUCACCGCCAUCGUCGCUGCCAUCCCCACCGUCACCCCCACCGCCACCCCCACCGCCACCGUCACUGCCAUCCCCACCGCCACCCCCACCGCCACCGUCACCGCCAUCCCCACCGUCACCCCCACCGCCACUCCCACCGCCAUCGUCACUGCCACCCCCACCGCCAUCGUCGCUGCCAUCCUCACCGCUACCCCCACUGCCACCAUCACUGCCACCCCCACCACCAUCGUUGCUGCCAUCCCCACUGCCAUCCCCACCGCCACCCCCACCGCCAUCGUCACUGCCACCCCCACCGCCAUCGUCACUGCUAUCCCCAUCGUCACCCCCACCGCCACCCCCACCACCAUCGUCGCCGCUACCCCCACCGUCACCCCUACCGCCAUCCCCGCCAUCCCCACCGCCAUCGUCGCCGCCACCAUCACUGCCAUCCCCACCGCCACCGUCACUGCCACCGCCACUGUUGCUGCCACCCCCACCGCCACCGCCACCCCCACCACCACCGUCACUGUCAUUCCCACCACCACCCUCUCCCCCACCGCCAACCUCACCCCCACCGCCACCGCGGGGGUUCCUGCUCACCCGCCAAGUCCGCCGAGGGCCGACCGAAAGCGGUGCCGGCACGAGCGUGGCCGAAGUCGCUCGUUCAGCCGCGGCGCUGCGCCGGACGGAGCGUCUACCGGGGCCCGGGAUGGAGACCGGGGAGGGGGCGUCGGCUGCGGAGGCUGCGGCGGCGACGGUGGCGGUAGUGCCCGUGACCACGGCCUCACCCACCACCAGUCACUGCCAGCUGACUUCAGGAUGCCGGGGAACAUUCUGGAACACGAAGGAGCUUCAGACGGCACGAGACCCGGGCCCGCGGAACGCCACGGCGUGGUCGCCCCGGGCCUAGCGUCGGAGGCGUCCGUCGGCCCUGAAGGGCGAGGAACGGCGGAUGAAACUGCCGGAGCUGACAACGAUCGUUCAGUGUCACGGCAAAACGCGGAGAGAACACCGAAGACACCGGCGGCAGCGGAAAUCUUGCCCUCGGUCCUGCGGCCUCUCUCUGGAACCGCCGAAGCCUUUGCUGCCAACAAUGUUCACAUGAGGAACAAGAACCACAUCAAGGGAAAAGCCACCAAGAUGAGCAGGCGCCGCAUUUCCUGCAAGGACCUCGGGGCGGGCGACCUGGAGGGCUGGGUGUGGAAAAAGAAGCAGAUCAAGAGCUUCUUCAAGCCGUCCUGGAACAGGUUCUGGUUCGUGCUGCAGCGGUCGUCCGUCUACUGGUACACGCACCGCAACGACCUGAAGGCCGACGGGUACGUCAACCUGCAGGGCUUCAAGGUCGAGCGGGCGUUGGAGAGCCGCAAGAAGUUUGCAUUCAAGGCCACCCACCCGAGCAUCAUGCCCCUGUACUUCGCCACCGACAGCGCCGAGGAUAUGUACAGGUGGAUCGAGAAGCUCCGCAUCGUGGCCAUCGCCAGCCCGUCCACGGAGAGGCAGGACCAAGCCGCGGACGUGAGCGAGAGCGAGGACGACUCCGAGGAGGGCUCUGCCUACGGCUCCCUCCGCAGCUCCUCCUCCGUUCUGCGCGCCCCCUCCCUGCCCGUGCUCAAUAUGCCCACGGGCCCCGUCAAGUUCCGGCACCCGUCGUGCGAGAGGCUGUGCCCCCUAGCAUCCCCGGCGCCCAGCCUCUCCUGCCAGCAGCUGCAGUGGGAUUCGCCGCCAGCUGCCCCAGCCGGCAACGUCACCACCACAGGCACCGCCACCACCGGCACCGCCGUGGCCCUGCGUUCCCCGGCCGCCGACCGCCGCUCACUCGCCGUUUCCCCGACGCCGUCGUUCCUCCGCCGCUCCUGGCAGGCGCUCUUCGGCGGCCACUGUGAACCGGAGCUCGCCGGCGUGGGGGCCGGCGCCACGCAGAACGACCACGCCGGCGGCGGCGGCCCCAGCGACGAGCAGAAGCGGCAGCGGCAGCAGCAGCGGCAGCAGGGCCACGCGCGGUCAGCUAGCGACGCGGAGCCGACGCCGAAGGCGGGCGCCGGGCGGACGGACGACGACGAAGGCGGAGAGAGGCCGAUCGGCGCCCGCCGGAAUUCCUGGCAGGGCCACGGGCCGGGGGCGGCCGCGGGGGCCGGGGUCGCCCGCGGGCGGCCGGAGAUCGACGCCGUGGCGGGCGGAGGAGGAGGCUGGAGGGUGGGCUCGCUGCCGGAUCUUCAGUCGCGGCAUUCCGCGGCGUCGCGCGACGGAGGACGCCGAUCGUGCGCCGCCGAGGUCGCGUCGCCGGUCGGGGACGAAGUGGCGGGCGACGACAGCUGGGACGAGCUGUACCACUCGCUGUCGCGGGCGCACCUUUUCCCGCACGGCGCCGAGCGCAAGGAGCGCAGCGCCAGCCAGCUGCGGCAGUCCUUCACUCGCCGCUGCCGCAACCCCGACAUCAACCAGAGGCUGCUGAGGCUGCAGGCGCUGCACCGCACGCUGCAGGCCCGGGAGGCGGAGCUGCGCACGAUCGAGACGCUGCUGAGCGCGGGCGCGGAGAUGAGCGCCGGCGGCUUCCGCGAGUGGAAGGAGCAGCACGGGGAGCACAUCCUGUCGCCGGAGCCCGCCGACACGGCCAACUGGCUCAGCGUCAUCGAGGGCCAGACGCGGCCUACCUCCCCCGGGCCUUCGCGGACCAUCACCGAGACGGAAAUCUAGACUGCUCCGUCGGCCGUGUGCCGCGUGCCACGCGCUGGCACCCUCCCGUCCGAUGCUGCGGCUUUCGACACAUGUGUAUAUAUUUGUUUGUCCGUGCGUACGCAUCGUACCGCGCAGGGACAGCUUCUACUGGGAGGGAGGGGAGCGGCGGUCGGAUAAGUGGCGUUGUGCUGUAUGACGAGAACCCCCUCCUUGAAGCGGCUCAGCGGAUGUGCGGCAUCCAGGUGAAUAACGGACAACGCCCGCCCCCCCGUAAUGUGUCCAUUUGGAGUUUGGACAUCUUAAGCACCUCCUGUAUUUUAUGCUGGAAAAAGGGUGGAGCCUUUUUUUUUCUUUUUUCAAUUUUUAAACCAUUCAAUUAAUGAAAGUCGCGAACAAUUCAGUCCAUCUGGUAUUCACGCCUGGCGCUCUUGCCGCGUGGGGCACUCGCAAAAACAGGCCGCUGCCGUGUUUCCGCACCUCCCAAUAGCACGGUUGGUUGGCCAUGUACGGUGUGAAAGAAGUUCAACCUACGUAUGUACGUUUAACAGAUGUAGGCUGCAGUAGUGGAGGGGAGCGAUGCUGCUGCUGCUACUGCUGCUGCGUGUGGGCGAUCCCGGUGGAGUAAUUUGCAGUGUAAUCUUUUUAUUUGGGGGGGGCGGGGGGCGGGAAGCAUUUGCCAAAUUUGGACUGUCACGCCGGGACACUCAACGAAUGACGUAGCGCGACCUUUAGCGUCCAUCUGUACGGUCAACACACACACACCGCGCGGUUCACCGGCGGCGGCCCACCGGAUUCGAGCCGCGUCACCGCCGCCACCAGCAACGAUCGAGGAGCGGCGCGACUCCCGGACUCGACGCGGCGUCGCUGGCGCGGCGACGCGCGAAGAAUGUUGUCGUCCGUCUCAAAUCACGGACUGGGCGGUGGGACGACGAUGACGACGAUGACGACGAUGACGACGGCGCCGCUCUACGACGACUGGCGGCGUCGUCUCAACGCGACGCGCCUCGCCGCUGUCGGCGGAAGGAAGGGGGGGGACAGCUCCAGAGCUGUUGUUGCUGUGAAGCCUUUUGAAAAUGUUUUUAUUGUAUUAUUAUUCAUAUUUACCAUCGGAUCUUCCGUAUUCAGGUUGCCGUCGCCACUGAUAAAUUCAAGCCUCGAGCACGAUGUACCGUUGUUUUUUUGUUUAUGUUUUUGUUCUUUGGAGAGACUGCACUGAGAAUUGUUUUUGCUGUUUGCGUGCCGAGGUUUUUUUGAUGCGCGUUGGUGACUUGCUUCGCCGCCUCUAAGAAGUCGUUCUUAGAACGUCAAAAAAAAUAAGACUCCAUCCAUCUCGACGAUUUCGUGGCAAAUGUUUUAUUGCAAUUU